CUAUAUUUGAAAGAGUGCUGAAAGCUGUGAAUACAACAAUUGGGUGAUGAGAUAAUUUAAUUAUCUUUCAUUUCCAACUGAUGCAUUCAAAUCUUUUUAUAGUAACACUGAUUCAAAAAUAAACUAACCUGUUAAACUUGGUGUAAGUGAUAUAGUUUAGAUGCAAGAAAGCAGAACUUCACCAGUGAUGUUGAGGGCAUUGCAGGCAUCUUUACUAACUAGGUUACAGAUUCACAUCCAGAUGCGGUUGAUUAUGACAGUAAAUUCUUAGAAGACUGUGUGGAAUCACUGGUGUCAGCACUGUGCUAAGGAAAUGAAUGACACAGUCCUGAAGCCAGGAGGAGAGUUAGUUUCUAGACGAGUUUGCUGACUGAUAUUGUCAACACUCCUCUAAACAGCUAUUCAAGGUUGACACUAAAGGAUCCAGAACGUGCAUUAAGUGUAAUUAAAUGUAACCUUAACGCAUCUCGCUGUACUGUUUCUAGCUGAUGCCUAAAUUAAAUCCGUACCUCUCAGAAACAGGUUUAUUUUUUGUGUGUGUGCAUUGGGGUAGAAUUGGCACACUAACACAAGUCUCCUGUGUUCCUUGGGCGAAUUCAUCUUUCAGAUAUUCUUCUUUCCAGUUCUUUCUAGUGUUUACUAAUUUCGUUAACACUAAAAAUGCUGCAGAAGGAGAUGACGCUGAGAACUCUAAAUGAAGCUUUGUGUUUUCCAGCAGAUGUGCUGUUAAUUAAGUAUACUGGAAAGCAGUAUGCGUGAGUCGGUGUAAGAAGGGCCAAGACAUUUUUGAAUAUAUUGUAGUUUUCCACAGUCGUCUUUAGCUGUGAAGAAGUCCCCCCUAGCGUGCCACUCCAGGAAGUGCACCUGCUGUGGUUCAAUUCAGAGACCUGAAUUUUAGAUGUAUCAAAACUGUGUUUCUGGAAAUAAUAUUUGCUGCCUGUGAAAGCUGCAGAGAAGAGAAGCCACUAGCAAUUCCAUGAUACUCCUGCUAGUUGUUUCAAUACUUUCUCUGUAUUCAGUGCAUCUUCUUUUGAAGACUGCCAACGAAGGAGGAUCUUUAUUAUAUGAACAGUUGGGAAUGAAGGCAUUUGGUAUGCCUGGAAAACUUGCUGCUUCUGGAUCAAUUACAAUGCAGAACAUUGGAGCUAUGUCAAGCUACCUCUUCAUAGUGAAAUAUGAGUUACCAUUGGUCAUCAAGACAUUUAUGAACAUCGAAGAGAACACAGGACAAUGGUAUCUUAAUGGCGACUAUUUAGUGCUGAUGGUGUCUGUCAUCCUCAUUCUUCCCCUGUCUUUACUGAAAAAUUUAGGAUAUUUGGGCUAUACCAGUGGCUUUUCCUUACUUUGCAUGGUCUUCUUUCUGAUUGUUGUAAUUUGGAAGAUGUUUCAGAUUCCUUGUCCUAUGGACAGUGACAUCAUAAACGCAACGUUAAUAAAUGCAACACUGGCACCCUUCACAGAUGAAAAUAUAACAAUUGAUGAUGCAUGCAAGCCAAAAUAUUUCAUCUUCAAUUCACAGACUGUCUACGCUGUCCCAAUCCUGACAUUUUCUUUUGUCUGUCAUCCUGCAAUUCUUCCUAUCUACGAAGAACUGAAAAGCCGAAGCCGUAAAAGAAUGAUGAAUGUGUCCUAUGUAUCUUUUUUUGCCAUGUUCCUGAUGUACUUAUUGGCUGCUCUCUUUGGUUACUUAACAUUUUAUGGAAGAGUUGAAUCAGAACUACUUCAUACCUACUCUGCUUUUCUGGGUGCUGACAUUCUUCUUCUAAUUGUGCGUCUUGCUGUACUUAUGGCUGUAACUCUUACUGUACCUGUGGUUAUUUUCCCAAUCCGCAGUUCCGUUACCCAACUUCUGUGGGCAGGGAAAGAGUUCAGUUGGUGGCGUCACUGUUCUAUUACAGUUGUUCUUCUGGCAUUUACCAACGUGCUCGUUAUCUUUGUCCCUACUAUCCGAGACAUCUUUGGGUUCAUUGGUGCAUCUGCAGCAGCUAUGCUGAUCUUUAUUCUUCCUUCUGCCUUCUAUAUCAAACUAGUCAAGAAGGAACCAAUGAAGUCAGUGCAAAAGAUUGGGGCUGCAUUAUUCUUUCUAAGUGGUAUACUUGUGAUGACUGGGUGUAUGACACUGAUUAUUCUAGACUGGAUCCAUACUGAUGCUUCUGAUGGGCAUUAACUGUCCUGGUGUAAUACCCCACUUCAAAUGCCAGUGUUCACUCAGAUACCUACUGAGAAUGAAAAUGAGCUAUUCAGCUUCCUUCCUUUAAAAUGCAGAUUCUAUGUUGAUGGUUCUUCUGAUUGUAGAAUACCUGAACUCUGGCUUUAAAGAACUAUUCUGCAUGAUGGAAAUGGAUACUAACAUCAAACCACGUGAGUGUCUGGCUGAAGGAAGUGACAACUUUAUUCCAUUCCAGAGAAUGGAUAGAACUCUGUGUAGACUUUUAUCAAGCCAUGUUUGGCUUUCAUCAUUGUUACUUGGAUAUUUUGUUAUUUUACUUGAAUGUGCCUAAUGGAACCAUUUGAUGUGAGAAAUGACUCUUAAUUUACAGCAAAGUGUUUAAAUAACCAAUGAGAGAGAGAAAAAAAAACACUAUUAUUUUUUGUACCAAAAAUUCUUAUGGACCUCAAAAGCACUAUUUUGACUUUAAGAAACUUUUUUUCUAGAAAGAAACGUGCGCAUAAAAAUAGGUAAUCAGUGGCCUAAAUUAAAUCUAGUUUGCCUCUCUUUAGAGGCGUAACUAGAAGAAAUUUUGUUAAAAAUACUUUUGAUGACCAUAACAGAAGAUGAACAAAUUCGAGCAAAAUCUUCAAAUUGCAAAUGUUUCCCAUAAAAAUUUAAUUUUCACUCUACUGAAAUUUUAACUACAGUUUACCUUUGUUUCA